AUGGCGGCCUCACCCGUGCUUCGACGCGCAAACUGCGGCAAUGGCGGCGGCGCGGAGGAUUAUACUGGCCUGCGCAUCGCGUCGGUCUUCAUCGUCAUGGCCACAUCCAUGUUCGGCGCGCUGUUCCCCGUCGUGUCGCGCCGCACGAAGUGGCUGAACGUGCGCAUCCCGUUUGCCGUGUUCCAGGUGGCGAAGUACUUUGGGAGCGGCGUCAUUAUUGCGACGGCUUUCAUCCAUCUGCUCGAUCCCGCCAUAAGUGCGCUGGGCUCAUCGUGUCUCCCUUCGUCUUGGGCGGAAUACCCAUAUGCACUGGCGCUCUGCCUCGUUAGUAUAUACAUGAUUUUCCUCAUCGAGGUUUUUGCCUUCCGAUUUGGGACUCGCAUGCUGAAGAAGAUCGGUAUGACUGCCGUCAAGGACGGGCAGUCGAUCAAGGCGACGCCUGGCGAAGGCGAAGAGCUGGAGUCGCUUCCCCAGCUCGAGAAGGGCGUGCCCGUCUCGCCCAUCGCGCAGGUUCUGGGAAUUGCUGUCCUCGAAUUCGGUGUGUUGCUGCACAGUGUGUUCGUCGGACUCACGCUCGCCGUGACGGCCAACUUCAAGAUCCUCUUCGUCGUCAUCAUCUUUCACCAAAUGUUCGAGGGGCUCGGAGUCGGCUCGCGGCUCGCAUACAUGGACCUUCCGCCCAGGUACAGCUAUGUCCCGAUCCUCGGUGCAUGCCUGUACGGUAUCACCACGCCCGUCGGCAUCGCAGCAGGCCUCGGCGUGCGAGCCUCAUACAACCCACACAGCACCACCGCGGACAUUGUCGGUGGGAUUCUGGAUGCGUUCAGCAGCGGCAUCCUCAUUUACACCGGCUUGGUGGAGCUGAUGGCACACGAGUUUGUGUUCAACAAGGACAUGAUCGAGGGGCCGACGCGCAACCUCGUGUUCACGCUCGGCUGCAUGCUCCUCGGCGCGGGGCUCAUGUCGCUCUUGGGAAAAUGGGCGUAA